CCGGUCCGCGCCGUCAUGGUGGCCCCGAUGUACGGCUCCCCCGGCGGCCGCCUGGCCCGGGCGCUGACGCGGGCCCUGGCGCUGGCCCUGGUGCUGGCCCUGCUGGUCGGGCUGUUCCUGAGCGGCCUGACGGGCGCGAUCCCGAUCUCGGGGCGCCAGUGGGGGCCCGACGGGCCGGUCCCACCCUCCUCCCGCAGCCGCUCGGUGCUCCUGGACGCCGAGACCGGCCAGCUCCGACUGGUGGAUGGCCGCCACCCUGACGCCGUGGCCUGGGCCAACCUCACCAACGCCAUCCGCGAGACCGGAUGGGCCUUUCUGGAGCUGCGCACGAACGGCCGCUAUAACGACAGCCUGCAGGCCUACGCGGCGGGUGUGGUGGAGGCCGCCGUGUCUGAGGAGCUCAUCUAUAUGCACUGGGUGAACACGGUGGUGAAUUACUGUGGCCCCUUCGAGUACGAAGUCGGUUACUGCGAGAAGCUCAAGAACUUCCUGGAGACCAACCUGGAGUGGAUGCAGGAGCAGAUGCAGCGGAACAAGGGCUCUGCUUAUUGGCAUCAGGUGCGGCUGACCCUCCUGCAGCUGAAGGGUCUGGAGGACAGCUAUGAAAGCAGUGUGACCUUUCCGACUGGGAGGUUCACCAUCAAACCCUUGGGGUUCCUCCUGUUGCAGCUUGCUGGGGACCUGGGAGACCUAGAGCCAGCCCUGAACAAGACCAAGAGCAAGCACGUCAUGGGCUCUGGUUCGUGCUCCGCCCUCAUCAAGCUGUUGCCUGGCCAGAGUGACCUCCUGAUCGCCCACAACACCUGGAGCUCCUACCAGAACAUGCUGCGCAUCAUCAAGAAGUAUUGGUUCCAGUUCCGGGAAGACCCCCAAGUGAAUUCUCCGCUGGCUCCUGGCAACAAGCUGGUCUUCUCAUCCUACCCUGGCACCCUCUUCUCCUGUGACGACUUCUACAUCGUGGGCAGCGGGCUGGUGACACUGGAGACCACCAUCGGCAACAGGAACCCGGCCCUGUGGAAGUACGUGCAGCCCAAGGACUCUGUGCUGGAGUGGGUCCGCAAUGUCGUGGCCAACCGCUUGGCCCUGGACGGGGACGCCUGGGCGGACAUCUUCCAGAAGUUCAACAGUGGCACGUACAACAACCAGUGGAUGAUCGUGGACUACAAGGCGUUUGUCCCCGGCGGGCCCAGCCCUCGGAGCAGGGUGCUCACCGUCCUGGAGCAGAUCCCGGGCAUGGUGGUGGUGGCCGAUAAGACCUCGGAACUCUACCAGAAGACCUACUGGGCCAGCUACAACAUCCCGUACUUUGAGAGCGUGUUCAAUGCCAGCGGGAUGCAGGCCCUCGUGGCCCAGUACGGGGACUGGUUCUCCUAUGACAGGAGCCCCCGGGCCCAGAUCUUCAGGCGGAACCAGUCGCUGGUGCACGACUUGGACUCCAUGAUCCGGCUUAUGCGGUACAACGACUUCCUGCACGACCCACUGUCACUGUGCAAAGCGUGCAGCCCGCAGGCCAACGCAGAGAAUGCCAUCUCGGCCCGCUCCGACCUGAACCCGGCCAACGGCUCCUACCCUUUCCAGGCCCUGCAGCAGCGCUCCCACGGGGGCAUAGAUGUGAAGGUGACCAGCAUGGCCCUGGCCAAGGCCUUUCAGCUUGUGGCGGCCAGUGGCCCCACGUGGGACCAGCUGCCCCCGUUCCAGUGGAGCGCCUCGCCCUUCAGCGGUCUGCUGCACAUGGGCCAGCCCGACCUCUGGAAGUUCUCGCCCAUCGAGGUGCGGUGGGACUGAGCCUCCGUCUCGGCCCCACCGACCCCCGCGGGGCCACCACGUGCCGCGGCCCCGACCUCCCACCCGCCCGCUCCGUGGGCUUCGUCACCUGCUGUGCCCAGAUCUGGGACCCGGGUCUGCCAGGGUUACUCUCAUCUGGGUCGUCUCCUAGGUGGGACACGGGGCCCGCCGGGGCCCAGCACUGACUCGUUCGCUCCCCGUAAGUGGGCGAGUGCCGCCCUUGUCCCCUGCCUCUGCACCUCUCUCUCUGCCCCGUCUGCUUCUCUCUCUCCCCCGGCCUGGGGCCCUGUCCUCAUGCUGCCCUCUCCUGAGGGCUUGGGAGGGGUCCUCGGGUGGGGUUCGGGGCCCCUGCUGGGGCAGCGGGGGACUGUCUGGGUCCCUGCCUCCCGGUGUCAUUCCUGCCGGUGGCUCUGGAGCUUGUGGGGUUUCGGCCCCGAGACCUGGGCGUUGCCUCUGGUUGGCAUCCGUCCUGCCACCUCCCGCCCCUGCCCCCCUCGGGAAGCAGCCCCCUGGUUUCCCUCCUGGGCGGCUUCCCUGAGGACAGAAACUUGAAAACAAACAAAAACCAAAGUUUCUGGUGACUUGUGGCUGCGGGGGUGUGAGUGUGCCUCGUUGGCCUCGUUGGCUGCAGCCUCGUGCCCCUUGCCCCCCAACUUGGGCCUGCCCUUGGCCUCUGGGCCGUGCCCACAGCUCCCCUGCUGUAGGAACCAAAUCGCAGGCUGUGCUGCCAUUAAAUGAGAGGCCGUGGCCCCUGUGCUGUGCUUUUUGGGGCAGUGGGGAAAGCUGGGUUGCUGCCUUUUCUCCUCUCUGGUUUGGGUUCUAGACCAUCCACUCUUGCAUUCUCUUGUCCAUUCUUCUGUCUAUCCACCUAUCCAUUUAUUCGUUUGCCAACCCUCCUAUCUGUAUCUACCCACCCACCCACCCAGCCACCCAUCCAUAGAUCCAUCCAUCCAUCCAUCCAUCCAUCCAGAUGUUCACUGAGCACCUACUUUGUUCUGGGUCCUGUCCUGGGGCCUUCUGAGCCAACAAGACUUUCCCAAGUUCCACUGUGGGGUACUACACAAGGUGAAACAGAGCCUGUCACCGUCUGACCUUAGCCGGCUGGUCGACCCCAGCCCUCUGCGCCUCAGCUCUUGUAGUGGGCGGAGGGGUCUGCCUCGCCUCUUUUGGGGGCUUUGUGCCGACACAGGCGGGACAGUGGAGGCUGGAAGCAAUCCAGUGUUCUGGGCAGGUUUACUUAAACUGAGCGCUAUUUUAGUCGCAGUCUGGCCCCCGGGGAAGAAUUGUGGGGCCCGGGGGCUGCUGGUAUGCUGUUCUUCCAGCCCUUCCUUGGUAUUCCGUCCCCUGUAAGAUACAUGUGUGCCCCUCCUGGCUGGAAAUCGGGGGAUCAGCCUGUGUCCCGGGCGGGCUUGGGGUGGGGUCCCCACUCUCCCCUGAAUCUCACAGCCCCUGCUGUUUGCUCGGCUGGGUGGGACUCUGCGGAGGGAACCGCAUCGUGUCCUGAGGGGCUCAAGCUUCACCCUGACCUUGGGGAUUCAAUGCAUUGCCUGAGGCUGCUGCCGGAGGCGCAGGGAUGCCCGUGAGCAGCGCGGUGCCCCUCUCGGACCUCGGGGAGCCCUGGCAGGCCUUCCUCGGUCUGUUUUCGUUCGCUGGCUUCCGCCCACGCUUUCCUCGGAAGACGGGUGUCGUGGUUUGAGUGACCUUCUCUUCAAGUCCGCCCCUUCCCCUACCCCGGAGAUGGGUGUCCAGUCGGUGUAGCUUUGCCCACCCCCACCGGUAGGGGGCUCGCUGCUCUGCUCCCAGCGGUUCUGUGCUAAGUCAUUGGGCUCCUGGCCUCGUCCGCCUCUCCGGCUGGUUCCGCCUCCAGUGGAGGCAGCCCUUGCCCCAGCUCUGGUUCAGCGCCCUUCCUUGCUUCCUGCUCGCUGUCUCCGGGCGCGCGAGCCCAGCUGCGCGCAGGGUCCCGGCCUCGGUGUCCUCGGGGUCCCGAGGUUACAGGGGUGAGGGUGCAGGGAGCUCGCUGUUGAGAGCCCGGGGCCGCGAGCGGGGGGGUGGGGUGGGGGAGGGGAGGGAGGCCGACUGCGAUGGAGGAGGAGCCCAAAGGACCCUCAGUCCAUAAAUAUAUUGUUUUCUUU